CAUCGUCUUUGGCUAAACGUUUGACUGUGUUUCGAAAAAAAACGUAGAUUCUGGAAGCAGAUUAUUAUUGUAAUGCCAAGGCUGUUUUGGCAAAAUAAGAGAUCAUGCCCAUGCAAAAUUUCCAAACUGCUAAACUAUAAUUUGGGACGCUUCCAUGAAAGACCUCGUUUUUUAAAGCUGCAGCCCAAUGAAAUGUUGCUUUGUCGUUGUUGUUCUUUAUUUUUAUAAAUAUUGCAAUACAACUUUUAUGUUUAAAUCUAAUCGAGAAAAGCUGAUAAACAGAAAAAGAAAAACAUUCUCGCACACACAUUAGUGUAGCAUGACUUAAAGCAGUCUUUUUUUCUGUUGAAAGGCAAUCAGAUUAGGGUUUAAUGAAUCCAUUCAAAUGGCUUUAUUCUUUAUAGUUAGUGCAGGUGCACAAUAGAGGGCCAAGCCGAGGAGUCUCACGCCUAGGUGUGAGCUGAUUAUUCAAAUAGGGCUGCGAAGAAAUAGGGAUUGGAGGCUCGUCUGGCACUCACAGCUAUAUCAUAGAGACUACCGCCAGCCACCAACGUCACUUCAGGUCUUGUCAUCAUCAGACGCUAUUCACAGCCUCUCGGCACCACUGUAUCGAAACCUACACAUGAACAAACCCUUCACUACAAAUAAGAACUGUUUUCUGGGAACUUGGAGGCCUGUGAUUUUUAACUUGGGAAGCUGUAUUUUAUCUUCUUUCGAGAAGUUAUAGGUUACGCGUUUUGCUGCUUCCACGAUGUUGGGCGCAGUAAAAAUGGAAGGACACGAACAUUCUGACUGGAGCAGCUACUACGGAGAACCAGAGUGCUACACAUCUGUUGGAAACAUGAACCCCGGACUCGGAAUGAACGGCAUGAACACCUACAUGACAAUGUCCGGCAUGAGCACCACAGCCAACAUGACAGCAGGCUCCAUGAACAUGUCCUAUGUGAACACGGGGAUGAGCCCCUCUAUGACUGGCAUGUCUCCGGGACCUGGUGCUAUGAACGGUAUGGGGACUGGCAUGACUGGUAUGAGUACGGCUCUUAGCCCUAGCAUGAGCCCAAUGAGUGCUCAGGCUCCAGCAAUGAAUGCUUUGACAUCGUAUACCAACAUGAACGCUAUGAGUCCAAUGUAUGGACAGUCCAACAUUAACCGCUCGAGGGACCCCAAAACAUACAGAAGAAGCUAUACUCACGCAAAGCCUCCUUACUCUUACAUCUCUUUGAUCACAAUGGCAAUUCAGCAAUCGCCCAACAAAAUGCUUACCCUCAGUGAAAUCUACCAGUGGAUCAUGGACCUCUUUCCCUUUUACCGACAGAACCAGCAGCGAUGGCAGAACUCUAUUCGCCAUUCGCUGUCUUUCAACGAUUGCUUCCUGAAAGUGCCUAGAUCACCGGAUAAACCUGGCAAGGGAUCCUUCUGGACCCUGCACCCAGACUCUGGCAAUAUGUUCGAGAACGGAUGCUAUCUGAGGAGACAGAAACGCUUCAAAUGUGACAAGAUCCAGACUUCAAAGGAGUCCUCUAGGAAAGCUUCUGACGGGGGUUCCAACAGCAGCUCGGAAAGCUGCAACGGCAACGAAUCCCCCCAUUCGACGUCUUCUUCCUCAAACGAGCAGAAGCGGUCCAUGUCGGACCUGAAGGCCAGUCAAUCUGUCAGUCCGGAUCACACAGCCUCCCCAACAUCGCAAGCGCAGCACCUGAUGGCACAACAUCACUCGGUUCUCGCCCAUGAGACGCACCUCAAACCGGAGCACCACUAUUCUUUUAAUCACCCGUUCUCUAUUAAUAACUUAAUGUCGUCUGAGCAACAACAUCACAAAAUGGACCUUAAAACGUACGAACAGGUGAUGCAUUACUCGGGAUAUGGCUCUCCCAUGGCUGGAGGCCUUUCCAUGGGCUCAAUGGCGAGCAAAGCGGGCUUAGACUCGUCGCCAAUUUCCAGUGAAACCGCGUCUUACUAUCAAGGUGUGUAUUCUCGACCUAUCAUGAACUCCUCCUAAGCGUUUAAAGGCCAAUGAACUACCCCUCACGCGCACACUUUGUAAAUUUUGUAAAAUGAUAGUUUGUGCAUAUGACCUCUGAAUAUUUUUGAUGUUCUACUCUGAUUAGAUGUCAAGUUUGUUUAGUACAUAUUUUUUGUUUUGUUUU